UUUCUUAUGUUUUCUCCCAACAAGUAGCUUUAGUUUUUUUCUCUCUCUGUAAACCCGUGUCACUGAUGGCUGAAUCGUUAAGUUGAAAACAAUGGGCGUUGCGCAUGACGUCAUUACUGUGCGCGUGCUGUGUUUUUAAUUAAGAAGAAGAUGAAAAAAGACAGCGCGUGGUCCCUUUAAGGCGAAGCAGCGGCUCUGAGGUGAAGCUCCUGGAAGUUCAGGAGAAAAACGCUGCGUUCAGUCCUACGUGGACUUCCAACACACACACACACACACACACACACACACACAGAGUAAUAUCCUCCACACACUCUCCUCUCUCAGACGGAUGACACACCUCAAUCCGCUAGAACUUCCACACCUUUGGAUCUGUGUGUGACUUUUUCUUCUUUUAAUCCAUCAAAACAGUGUAGAAGAUUUUUUUUCUUCUUCUUCUUCUUCUUCUCCUCGCCAACAUGCCGCGGCGCACCGUGCAGGAGGUCACAGUCCAGGACGUCCAAAAGAGAAGAAGUCCCAGUAAACACUAUGUUUACAUCAUCAAGGUGUCGUGGUCUGAUGGCAGCACUGAGAUCAUCUUCAGGCGUUACAGCAAGUUCUUCGAUCUUCAGAUGGAGCUUCUGGAUAAGUUUCCUGUGGAAGGAGGACAGAAGGAUCCCAAGCGCAGGAUUAUCCCCUUUCUGCCAGGAAAGAUUCUGUUCAGGAGAAGUCACAUCAGAGACGUGGCCAUGAAGCGCCUGAGACCCAUCAACGAGUACUGCAGGGCUCUGAUCCAGUUGCCUGUGUACAUCUCUCAGUGUGAGGAGGUGCGUGUGUUCUUUGAGACUCGACCUGAGGACCUGAACCCCCCCAUCGAUGAACCCGUGGGGAAGAAGAAAUCCGGCAUUGUGGAGAGAGCGACUUCUUUCAUAAAGCGAGGAGACUCCGGCGCCGCUGACCCGCUGCUCCUGGAUCAGUACAUCGCCGUGACCGACUACGAGAAGCAGGAGAGCUCCGAGAUCAGCCUCCGGGUCGGUCAGGUGGUGGAGGUCAUCGAGAAGAACGAGUCAGGUUGGUGGUUUGUCAGUUCGGAGGAUGCUCAGGGUUGGGUUCCUGCCACCUGCCUGGAGGCUCAGGAUGAUCCUGAUGAUUUCUCUCUGCCUGCAGAAGAAGAGGAGAAGUACGAGGUGAUUUACCCGUACUCGGCUCGCGAUCAGGACGAGAUCGAUCUGGAGAAGGGAAUGACGGUGGAGGUGAUGGAGAAAAAUCUGGAAGGCUGGUGGAAGAUCAGGUAUCAGGGGAAAGAAGGCUGGGCUCCAGCGUCAUAUCUGAAAAAAUCGGACGCUUUGAGCCAAAAAAUGUCGUCGCACUCGAGCGCUAACGAUCUGGACGGAGCAUGUAAACAACAAAACAACAACAAGGAGAACCAGAGAUUCAGUCCUUUCAACGACAACAAGAAAAAAGCUGAUGCGAGACAGAGACCUCCUCCACGCAGAGAUCUCUCUAUACCCCGUGGGACGAACCUGCCGAAGCCGCCGGUGCCCCCGCAGGUGGAGGAGGAGUACUACACCAUCGCUGACUUUCAGACCACCAUCCCUGAUGGAAUCAGCUUCCAGGCCGGAGUUAAAGUCGAGGUUAUUGAGAAGAACUCAAGUGGCUGGUGGUACAUUCAGAUUGAUGAUAAAGAAGGUUGGGCUCCAGUCACCUUUUUGGAUAAAUACAAGAAGACCAGCAGCGCUUCCAGGCCCAAUUUUUUAGCUCCUCUGCCUGGCGAAAUGGCUCAGCUGAAGCUGGAGGACAGUUCUGUUAACAAUAACACCACCACAGAAGAUACCUGGUCCAAACCUCUCCCAGAUGAGCCAUCCUCCACUGCCGACUUCGCCACCCGUCCCAAACUGAGAGACUGGAAGUACAACGCCACGAAGAACUCUCCUUUCUCCGGUCCAUUGCCUCCGGCUCCUUCUUUACCUCCGGCUGAGGAAAAACCCGCUCUUCCUCCCAGGAGAGAGUCCAUCAACAAGAGCCUGGAGUUGGAGGAGAAGCUCAAAACAGAUGUUUCCAAACCGCUUCCUCCCAAACCUCCAGCUCCUGGAGUCAUCGUGCCCCUGGUGUCUCCCAAACCGGCAGCGUUCAAAUCCGAAAAGCCUCCGGAACCGAAGAAGGAUGAGAAAAACAAGCCUCUGCACUUGAGGAAUGAGAUGGGGUUGGAAUGUGGCCACAAGGUUUCUGCCAAGGAAGUGAAGAAGUUCAACCUGAAGCCCGUGCCCAAGCAGCCGCCGAAGCCCAAAUCCGAAAGCCAAGAGGAGAAAGCGGAAUCCGUCAGUCCGCCUCCACCUUUCCUCAAACCCAAACCGGUCGUUAAACCCAAACCUCCGCCAGCCGCAAAACCGGAACCACCAAGCAAGAGCGAGCUCGACAUCACCAACCUGAGGAGCAAGCUGCGUCCGUCCAAACUUCCCGACACAGACCCCAGCCAGCAGAACGGAACUUCCUCCAACAACGGCGAACCAAAAUGUCCACCCAAACAGCAAAACGGCCACGAUUCUGUAGAAAUCCCUAAACCGCAAAUGCCCGGUCCGAGAGAGCCACCUCAGAGGCCCAGCUCUGCCCCGAGACGACCUCCACCUCCGAAGAAAACCUCAGAGCCGGAAACCAAACAGAGUUCCACGGAGAUCAAAGCUCCUCUGAAGGACAUUCAGGAGAACAAGCCUGCUCCCGUGUCUCAGACCCGACCGCCACCUCCAAAACCGAAAGCCGCCACACCUCCCGCUUCCAAAGACAAAGAGGAAUCUCCCAAGGUCAAGGUUCCGGUUCCUCCGAAACCACUGGCUAAAGCCGAUAAACCUCAGCCUCCGCGAGACAAACUCCCCCCUCUGAUCAAAGAUCCACCGAAGGAAGAGCUUUUCUUAGCGGUAGCGGACUUCGAAGGAGACGAUCAAACUCCCGGGUUUAAAGAAGGCGCCGUCUUCGAGGUGAUGGAGAGGAACAGCACGGGUUGGUGGUUUUGCAAAAAUAUAAGUGAUGGUUCAAUGUCCGAGGGCUGGAUCCCUUCCAAUUACUUAACCAAGAAACACUAGGUACCUUUCAGACCGCUCCCCUUUUUUCAUAUCUAUUUAAUUAGUCCAUGUUAUUUAUGGGGACCUUUACACUCCAUGUCUCAUUACAUUCCAUUCUUUUGCGAGUCGAACAUUAUUGGUUUGCACUCGCGUCACGGUUUUUUACUGUCCCUUUUUUCAGGGAUGUCGGGUGGAAUUUUUUUUCUUUUGAUGAGACCUUUCUUUGGGAGAAAACGAGAAACGUCACACUGUUAAACCCAUAUCCUUUUUUUUGAUGCAUGCUAACCAAACUAUAUACUAUUUUUUAUAUUUAUCUUUAACUAUAACAGACUAGCAAUAUACGUAUAAGUGACUUCUUGCUAUCUAUCGUGCCUCAAUAUUAUAAUAUUAACAAUAUUAAACACCAAGUUCUCAGAGCUUCUGUACAUUAGCGGAAACAUCUCGAAGGCUAAUACAGCGUAGCAAUCGCACAGAAACGUGGAGCAGAAACUCGGUCAGCCGUCAAGUUCGUUUCUCACAGGGAGACGUUAGCCUCGUGCUUCCAUGUGCUACUAUGACGAAGCAGAAAACCUUUAUAGAAGUGUUAGAAAUCCUACACAGCGUUUUUGUAUACCGUCUAUUUUUAUUUUAUGCGAUAUUUACACACUUUCAAGCCACGCCUGGGUGAUUUUGCUGCAAUGCUUCAACGUGCACUUUUUAACAACAGGGAUGCGUCGAUAACGAUAACGGUGGAGUUCUCCACUGACCUUCACACGUCAGGAACCAGAAUAAAAACACAGCGGAAUAAAAUGUUCCCUCAAGCCCCUGACUGAUUAAGUUACAGUUUCUGUGAGUAAACGUGUAUUUGUACAUCGUAUGGAAACAAAAAUAUUGGCGAUGCAUCCCUGAUUUUUUUUUAAUUUGAGCUUCACAAAUUUCAUUACUGUGACACAGAGCAGAACGACGCGAAACAGAAAAAUAUUCCUCGUCCAAUCGUUCGAGCCAUUCACAAAAGAUUGAAUUAAAAAAAAACAGUCCUGCGUUACUGACGAUGGUGCUUACAUUCAGUAUUUUAUGACGUUUUAGUGUGUAACGUGUUUAACGUGUGCAUGCUUGACUGGUUUCAAGUAUACUUUUUUCUUUUUUAAGUGAGAAACACUACAUCUGUUUGUAUUUUUAUUUUCUUUUUGUAGACCUCGCUAUGUGGCGUUAGUGUAGACAUUUUUGUGCUUGGUUUGGGACGAUCACGUGAGACGGACAGGGUUUAAAAGUUUGACGACGCUCAGAGACACGACUUCUUUAAACUAAAUAGUAUUAACGGUUUCUGCUUUAACACCAAUAUUUUCCCAGAAUAUAUUCAAUGGAACCAUCUUGUAGGAGAAUACCAUGUUUGAAAAGCAGUAUAAAAAGAUUUUCCAGACUAUAUGACUGACUUUUAUCGUGUAAUGUCCAUCAUGUGUUUUAAUAUUUUUGUUAUAUUUUUCUAACACAAGUUUCUAAAACAGAAACAUCAGAAAUGCCUUGAAAACAUUUCACUUGUGUUCACUUGCGUCUGGAAAUUUCUGUAUACUUCUACUAUAACCAAAAGGCUGGCUAUGUUAAUAUAGGUUGGCAGUUAUUUUAUGAGGAACACCCCUCUACAUGUACACAAAUGGUACGUUCCAACAGUAUUAGCUCGAGAAGCCUGGCGUUUUCAGCGUCACUCAGUGCUGAGAGAUGAAAAACGACUUAUUUUGGUGUCUCAAGUCAGAAUAAAUAAAUCUAAACAGAACAUUAGGAGCUGGCUACGCGGUUACUGAACAGAUGGACAUGAUCUGGACGCAGGAAGCCGAGAUUUUGUGCAGCGUCACGUCUUACAUCCCAGGAACACCCGAGAGCCGAAACCCGACGCAGACAGGAAGAGAGCUUUAACUGGGGAGGAGGAAAUCCUGCAAGUGAGCGGAGCUUUGAAGGAAAAAGGGAAACUCUGACGAGAAACUGGGCGAUUCUGCAAACAUUUCUGUAACCUGUAUGCUUUGUUUUUUUUCCCUUUCUCUCUCCAUGUCAAGUGCAAUUUUGUUUGUAAUAAAACCUAAAUAAACAUUUCAGAUCCAA